GGGUGGCGGCGGCGCUGAGGGGCGGCGGGGCUGGCGCUGAGGUGGGGACGGCGGAGCAGGACUGCGGCCGCUGGGAACUGGAGAAAUGGCCACUACACAAUCUGUCUUCACAUUUGCUCUCUGCAUUUUAAUGAUAACUGAAUUAAUACUGGCUACAGAGAGCUAUUAUGAUAUCUUAGGAGUUCCAAAAAAUGCGUCUGACCGCCAGAUUAAGAAGGCAUUUCACAAGCUGGCUAUGAAAUACCACCCAGACAAAAAUAAGAGUCCUGGUGCAGAAGCAAAAUUUAGAGAAAUUGCGGAAGCAUACGAAACAUUAUCAGAUGAGAAUAAACGAAGAGAAUAUGAUCAGUUUGGCCGUCAUGGAGGACAAGGAAGUAAUGGAAGCCCAUUCCACCAGUCAUUUAAUUUCAACUUUGACGAUCUGUUCAAAGACUUUGACCUAUUUAGUCAAAACUCCCGGUCAAAAAAGCACUUUGAAAAUCAAUUCCGAAGUCAUCGGGAGGCUCAUAAUCGGCAAAGACGUUCUUUCCAAGAGUUUUCUUUUGGAGGUGGACUGUUUGAUGAUGUGUUUGAAAAUAUGGAAAAAAUGUUUUCAUUCAGUGACUUUGAAAAUGCACACAGACACGCGAUGCGAACUGAUGCCAGGUUUCAUGGAUCCAGCAAGCACUGCAGGACUGUCACUCAGAGACGAGGAAACAUGGUUACCACAUAUACUGACUGUUCUGGACAAUAAUGUUUCCUUUCCUCUAAACUUCUCUUCUUUUCUUCUUUUCUCAACAUCUUCAUAAUCUUUCUUGGUUUUGUGCUAACAUGGAAGAAAUUCUCUGAACUGUAUUUUCUAAAAAACACUUAAACUACUAUAAAGAAGUUGUAGAUGAAACUAAUCUUCAGAAUAGAAACAACAUGCUGUUGGGAAGUAAACGUGUCAACAGCUACUUAGAAUGGGAGAGAAAUAAUCUUGUGUGACAGAAAAAAUUAUAUAUAUUUCAGUGUAGUGAACACUUUCCCUAAAUUUGAAUACAAGAUAUAUAUAUUUUCAUUUCAGAAAUGUAAUAUAAUUUUUUUCAUAUAUGCCAGUUCAGGACUGAUUGAAUUACUGGUGUGUGGAUUGAAGCAGAGGAGAUACUUUAAUUUUGAAGUGCUGCUUUUCUUUUAAUUGUGUCUUUCCAAGUUUGCACUUGCAGUUUUUACCUGAUACAGAUUUACUGUGCAAAUUAGAUAAUUUACAAAAAUUAGCAGCAGAAAUAGGACUUGCCUGGGUCUUUGUUACUCUCUCUAGCACUGCAAAAGUAUUAGUAAAACCCUUACUUUUUGAAGUUGGAAAAUAACAGGAGGGAAUAUGUUAAGAUUGUGAGUGAUGUAGGAAUUAGUUUUAUUUCUGACUAGCCUUUCAUUGGCCUGAAAAGAUCUGAGGAUUUGAAUAACCCUUGACUUAUUUAGGGGAUAUAGGGAUAUUUGUGUAUGUAAGUUUGUGUGCACACAAAGUUUUUGUUUUGGUUUUUUUCCCCUCCUUCCACAAUACAAAUAUCUGUCUUACAAGGUUUGGUUGGAAGAGCACACCCAAAACACUCUUGUUUGAUGCUUAUUAUAUUACCAUGUGUGCAGUGUACUUUUUCUAACUCACUUUAUUGAACUAAAAUACCCCUCUGAGAUCUUAGGAACUUUGAUAAUAAGAUAAGCUUGCCUACAGAUUCAUGGAUCUUCCUGAAAGGGUCUAAGUAGAAGAUACAAUGUUUAGAUUGACAGAUGUAUUACUGUCAGCAGGAAUUUUUCAGCGUUGUGAUUUGAAAGGUAAAUUCUUAGCCUAAUUACAGAGUAAGAGUGAAAAUUACAAUCCUUGUAGUCAUCCAAUGCCUUGUGGGGCUGGAAACUGCUAAUAAGGACAGUGCAAAUGGGUAUUGAUUUUAGCACCAUGGAAACCCACAACCAGUGUAAACUAUUUAAAAAGAAAGAAAAAAACUUCAGAAAAUGCCCCACAGCAAAACCCCCAAAUGCUUUGGCUAAUGUCAAUCAAAAAGUUCUGUUGUAACUCUUUUAACUAGUAAUAUAGAUUCAGUAUGUUAAAUGGGCUGUCCCUCUAGAAUUGUAAGGUAAGAUUUUACCUUUCAGGUUGAUUGCUUGAGCAAAAUAAGCAUUUUAACUAGCAGUGUUCUAAAUAGGCUUUGAGUUCCUAAAAUCUUUCUUAGGAGAUUUAACCCUUUGCUUCUUGGAUGGGUAUUGAAAGCUGCCUGUUUGCUAAGGAACUUUAGCCUUCCUCUCAAGGGUACGUAUUACUGCUUGUUCAGUUUUCGUUGGCUAAUCCUUGGACUGUAUAGUUGCGUUAUAUUAAAUGCUUUUCCAUGUUCUUCUUUAUUUAUUAAUAGACUAAUACCUCAUAUAUGGUCUUUAUAAAAAGCCAGUAAUUUGUGCAACAUUAUCGGAAUGUGCAAUAUUCUUAUAGUAGGAAAAGUGCUGGAUUGAGUGUGUUUGUUUUUUCACCCUUUUUCUCUGUAAGUAGAUUUUUGUUUCUUCUGUAUAAUUAAUAUAUGAUUCAAGCAAAAGUUGUACUUCAUGUAGAUUUCUGCAUUUAUUUUCUUUAACAGACACCAUUAGUCCUGUGCAUGAAUCAAACUAUCUGCCCAAUUCAUAGCAUAUGGGCAUCCAAGUGAACAAAUUAUUAACUUACAGUUAUGAAUUACUUUCACAAAUAUUAAGUAUUACACAUGAGAGUAUUUGUGAAUGUCCUUUAGUGGGAGGCAAUUGCAGAAGUGGGAUGCAAAGGUAAAAUAUUAACGUCUUUCUUAGUCUAGUGAAUAUUUUCUUUAUUAAAAAAUAUAAAUUGGAAACAGUAGAAUGAGCAAUUCACUUAGGUCCCUUCCCUAACUCUGAAUUAGAGGAAUGAAAGCUAAAAUGAGCACUGUAAAUUGUAGGAAACAAAUUUCACCUCAAAAACUCAAGUCAUUUAAAUGACUGUGUAAGUUCACAAUCUUUUGAGCUAAACUUCUAGGUGAAAAUAAAGGUCCUAGCUGCUUCUAGGCUAGUUUCCCCUCUUUAAGAAUGCUCUGAACUUAGUACAAAGUGUACUCAUUUUCCUGAUCUCUUUUAAGUGUAAGUAUGAAACUGAUAAUAAAACCAAUAGUGUUACUAGUUUUUUUGGCUGAUACACCUUAAAAAGACUUCUGCCUAGUCUAUUUUAACUUGAUUCCAUAUUAUUUCUCUUAAUUAUUUGUCAUGGGAAAAAUAGCAAAUGCUUCCCAUUAUUUCUGUGGCUUCUCCAAGUCACCUUUCUGCUUGUUUUUGUUGUUGAUCCACAAAGGAAAGCUUGUCAUGAGUAUUGCAGAAACCAGUGUAUAGCUGUUCCUGUGAUUUUUCUAUGAUGGGUUUGCUUUGAAUAGACUUUAGUUGGGGAAAUUCGGGCAGGCUUUCCUCAGCCAAGAGUCUUCACUUUCAUGGCCCUCAGAACACAAGCUUGCAAAACAUGAUGUGCUUCUAACUUAUUUGGAGCUCUUGCACAUUCUUUCCCUAUUUAUAGUGGUUGCUUCAUGGCAUGCUCUCCAGCGGAAGUCCUGGUAUAACCUUAUGACACCCCUCCCUGACUUCAGAGUUUCUUAAGUGCCAUCUUUUAUCUCUCAUUAAAUCUUUUUUGAUAGAUAAGGGUGAAAAAUAAAAUCCCGAACAAUUUUUUGAGAGUCAUUUUUGUAUAUGUAACUCCAAAUGAUUUAGUUUUUUAAAUUACCAAAAAAGUGGGGUUUUCAUGUUUGUUUUUUUCCCAUUAUACUUUUGAAACACAGUAUCUAGUGGAGGUAAAAGUACUGUAAGUUAAUUAGAGUCUCACUACAUUAAACAUGCGAAAAUUAA